CCCUCCUCCGCUCCUGCGCGCGUCUCCGUGUACCGAGCGGUGCGCGUUCACGCCGCAGCAGACCCACAAACCCAGAUCAGAAGAUGAGAGUACUGAAUGUGUGUCAAGGGCACGAGCGAGAGAAUAACAACACGAGAUUCUUAGCGCGAUACGAGAGGAUGUGAUUGUGACGUGAAAGCCGUUGAUCCGGACCAGCGCCGGUGUGGUUCCGCUGCCGCUGGGGCUCCGCUGCGGGUUCACUCGGGGGUUCGGCUUCUGAUGCGAGACAGAUCCCGGACUGACCGAGAUAUUCUGCGAGCUUUUCUCUCAUCUGUGCGUCUGAACACACGCGGAUCUGCUGCGUAUUCGAUGAAACACCGACAUCUGUCGUGAAAUAGGACCAAUGCGUGCAGUGUAAUAUGAAGAUAAACAUUUAUGACCGGGAAUCUGCAGCAUCGACUCCAUUUUGAAUCGGAUAUCAGAUGAUGAUUCGUUCACGUUUAUUUGUGUUUGUGUAGAGUGUGGAAUGUGGAUUUUUAUCGUUUAAUCGAACACUGAUGCAGGACUCUUUCAUCUGAUCGGUUCUGGUUCAGAAUGGGCGAAUGAAUCGGCCCUGAUGAAGAUGAGUCUGAGCUGAUGAAGAUGAUGAUGAUGCUGGAUACACAGAAUGCGAGUCAGGAGAUCGGUGAGGAGGUGGAGCAGGGUGCCGUGUUCAGCAUCACGCUGAGGAAGGUUCAGAUGUAUCAGUCGUCCAGUAAGAGUCAGCGCUGGUUGGGUGUGGACUCGGACGCGUCUCUCAGUCUCUAUGAGACGUGUAAACUGCGCAGUAUUAAAGCGGGAACGCUGGAGCGUCUGGUGGAGUACAUGGUGACAGCGUUCAGAGGAAACGACUCCACGUACGUCACCAUCUUCCUCUGCACAUACAGGACAUUUGCCACCACCAAACAAGUGCUGGACCUCCUGCUCAACAAAUAUGCUAAACUUCAUCAGCAGCCGGGGGCCGAUGCUCGCAGAAUGACUCCUGAUGAACGCACAGAACUCAGGAACACUGUGUCGUCUAUCCUGGGCGCCUGGUUGGAUCAGUACUCUGAGGACUUCUGGAAGCCUCCGGAAUACAGCUGUCUGAGACGACUGAUCCAUUACUUACAGCUCAACUUCCCCGGGUCUGAUCUAGAGCGACGGGCCUGUAAUCUCCUGACCCAGUUCCACCGCAGACUUCAGCAGGAAUCCCACCAGGACGUGAUCGAUCAGGGAUGCUGUGCUUUUACUCUGCUGGAAGAGAACGGGUUCCAUGAAGAUCCACCAGAUUUUCUGAGCUUUGACCCUACAGUGGUGGCGGAGCAGUUCACGCUGAUGGAUGCUGAGCUGUUUAAGCGUGUGGUGCCGUAUCACUGUCUGGGCGGCAUCUGGUCUCAGAGAGAUAAGAAAGGAAAAGAACAUCUGGCACCGACCAUCAGAGCAACAGUCACGCAGUUUAACCGCGUCACAAACUGUGUCAUUUCCACCUGCCUGAGUGACCGAACGCUCAAAGCCGCUCAGAGAGCCCGAAUCCUGGAGCACUGGAUACAAGUGGCCCGAGAGUGUCGGAUCUUGAAGAAUUUCUCGUCUCUGCGCGCGAUUCUGUCGGCUCUGCAGUGCAAUCCUGUUCACCGUCUGAAGAAAACAUGGGAUGAAGUUUCACGUGAAAACAUUCGCAUCUUCCAGGAGCUGUCAGAGAUCUUCUCAGAUGACAACAACCACUCACUGAGUCGAGAACUGCUGAUAAAGGAGGGAACAUCUAAAUUCGCCACACUGGAGCUUAACCCAAAGCGCGCUCAGAAACGUCAGCAGGCACAGAGAGAUCUGAGUGUGAUGCAGGGAACAAUUCCUUAUCUGGGAACUUUCCUCACAGAUCUGGUGAUGAUGGACACAGCAAUGAAGGAUUAUCUGGAUGGCGGCUUGAUAAACUUCGAGAAGAGACGGAAGGAGUUUGAGGUCAUAGCUCAGAUUAAGUUGUUACAGUUGGCGUGUAAUAAUUAUAAUUUUCAGCGGGUUGCUGCUUUCAGUGUUUGGCUCUCUAGUGUGGAGAAACUGUCAGAGGCCGAGAGCUACAGUCAGUCAUGUGACAUCGAGCCGCUAUCUGAAUCUGCAUCCAACACACUGAGAGCCAAAAAGAGCUCUGGGAUCAUGAAGAGAUGGAGCGAUCGUCAGCCAGUGGGUUCGGCCGAGGCGGGAUGUGGUUCCGGCAGCAGUUCACACUCAAAGUCGUUUGAUCAGUUGCGUUUCCCUGCGUGUGUCGGGGGUUCAGUGGGUGACGCUUGUGAUUCUGUCAGCGUGACGUCUGCCGGCUCCAGCAGCUCUGAUGUGGACGAGGUGAACAUCAGCUUCAUCUCAGACUCGCCCGAUGCGCUGGAGAGGAAGACCUCCACACCGUUCGUAAAACAUUCCAGUUCUACGUUAGGAAAGUGCGGCCCCACGGGUGACCUGAUACCCACGUUUUGGGAGUCCACGUCUCUCUCGUCUCUGGAUGCGUCGGGUCUUGGCUCAGGUUCGGGCUCCAGCAGCGCGUCCUCGUCUUCGGUGUCCUCCACACCGGUGGUGACGUCUCGCUCACACAAGCGCUCGGUGUCCGGUGUGUCCAGCUACUCGUCGCUCUCUCUGCCGCUCUAUAACCAGCAGGUGGACGACUGCUGCAUCAUCAGAGUCAGUCUGGACGUGGACAACGGAAACAUGUACAAGAGCAUUCUGGUGACCAGUCAGGAUAAAACUCCAGCAGUGGUCAGGAAGGCAAUGGUCAAACACAACUUGGACCGUGAGAGAGCUGAAGAUUACGAGCUGGUUCAGAAAAUCAGUGAGGAGAAGGAACUGAAGAUUCCCGAUAAUGCCAACGUUUUUUACGCCAUGAACUCUACCGCCAACUAUGACUUCGUCCUGAAGAAGAGGGGCUUCCCCAGAGCGGGUCGAAGCAAACACGUGUCGAGCUCCACACUGCCUCGAAUGAAACAGAAAGGUCUGAAAAUCGCCAAGGGGAUCUUCUGAAUUCUCAAAGCGCUGCCGUGACCUUUGUCUGUGAUGCCAUUGGUUCUGCCUCUGAUGUCACUUCUUGUCAAACGUAGGCUGGAAGCAAGAGGGUGGAAAGCAGCCAACCACGUUCAUGAUGGUGUGAUGACCUCACCUCGCACAUGACGCACCGGACUGACUGCACACGUCUAUCUGAAUGUCACACGUGUGUUGUGUUUUGUAACUGAAGCGCUGCUCGGGCUGAUGUUUUCAUCACUUUCAUUGGAUCUUGUUAUAUUUUUUGGCGUGGGAUUUGUUGAAUGGCUGUAUUGUGGGUCACGGUGGCCGCUACCGACUAUGAAGCCGAACGUUUUCUGACACUUGUGUUUGAGUAUAACAACAGAACACCCGCUGUUCAGAUCACACAGCGUCACCGCUCAUUCCAUGAACUUUUAUGAACAGCAUCGGUGUCCUCGCGUCCUGUGACUGACUGAAGAGAAACACAAGUCAAAGUGCAGAACAGUGAAGGAGACACACAAAACAUGACUCAUUUUCACACUCUGACCUUUUAUACGCCAUCGUGUGUGUAUGCGUCCGUACGUGUUUUAUGACUGAAGGGCCAAAGAUCAGUCCGGUGACGUCAGCACUGCCCGAGCAGACCACAGAUAGAUCUGGUGCCAUUCGAUUUUUUCCACUGACGCUCUGGUUUUGUAUGUUCUUUUGUAAUCUUUGUACAAUAUGAUGUCCUUUGUACUUUUAGCUUUUCAUUUUGGCUCGUGUACGCGUCUCUGUGUCAGUCUCUGUAUUUAUUGACUUGUAAAUAUUUUUGUAACCUUGUACAUUUAGUUUCUCCUCCCGUGUAAUUAUAAAUGACUCUGUGUACAUAUUAAUAUAUCUAUGCGAACUUUAUACCACUGCAGUUACUUUCAGCCCUGGUUUCUAUGUGUGUCCUGUCUCUUAAAUUGUUAUUGUUUUCCUCGAUGCCGCACUGUUUGUAAUGAAGAAAGUUACACGGUUAAUAAACACGUGCAUCAUACCCCGGA